CGAUAUAAUACGCAGUAUUAGCACAACAUAGGAACAAGAAACUUGAAACGAUGAAGAUUAUUGUAGUCCUGGCGUCUUUGGUAGCAGCGGCGUUGGCCAUUCCUGCUGACACCUACGAUCCUAAAUACGACAGCUUCAAUGCUGCGGAAAUGGCGUCAAAUCCACGUCUGCUUCGGAACUUCGGCAAAUGCUUCCUCGGGCAGGCGCCAUGCACCGCCGAAGGAAACGCUUUCAAUAUAAUAAUUCCCGAAGCGCUUCAUACCAAUUGUGGAAAGUGCACGCGCAAACAACGUGAGCUAGUGCGCAUCAUAGUACGCGCUUUCCAGAAAGAUGUUCCUGAUAUAUGGGAACAGCUCGCGAAGAAGCAUGACCCCAACGGCCAGUACAAGGAAUCGUUCAAUAAUUUCCUUAACGCCAAGGACUAAUUUUUACCAAAGACCACCAUAUUUUCUGCCACCACGAAGACAGUGACAGUGACAGUGCAAGUUUUCAGGUUAAUAAACAACUCUGGAGUUACAUUAAUCAACACAUAAUUAAAUUAAAUUGAAUUAAGUUGCGUUGGUUAACCUGCUUUGUAAGUUACGUGGUAAAAUUCGGUGGUGUUUGGUAAUUCUUGCCAAAGACCACAGAAUUUCUCUUACUUUUCAAUAGGACCUUCAUAGGUCCAACAAACAAUUCGGGAUUUAGAAAGAUACACGCCAACCCACAAGUCACGUUGGUUUGGCUACUUGAUAAGCUAAUCACGUGAAAAAUUUCGGUGGUGUUUGGUGAUUGUUGUCAAAGGCCACCGCAUUUCACCGUAACACUUAUAGUGGAGUCAAUGAGGCCUUUUCGAAGUACUGACAUAUUAUUAUCUACUAAUACAACUAAUAAAAAAUUGGUACAGGUCAGUGACUUUGGAAAACAAAUACUUCGCUGAUAAAAUUACCUGUAACUUUUGAUAAUGUUUGUCUUUUCUUACCUAUGAUUAUGUUAAUUUAUGAAAUCUAGAGAACUCUGAAAAAUGUCUGUGAUAUACAAUAAUUUUAUUCCAGUCCGUAUUAAUUUUGUACUUUUUAAGCCGAAAUUCAAAAGAGUGGACUUAUGAAAUAAAACAUUUUAUUUGUAUAGG